AUGUGUGAGCGGGCUAUGGGUCGUGCGGUUUAUGCUCGCAUUCUCAUAGAAAUGUCGGCUAAAGAUCCUUGGGCAAAAGAAAUAAAAAUCAAAGCGAUCACGGCUAAAGGUUCUACUUCUACAACGCUUAGAGUGGAGCAUUCUUGGAUCCCUAAGAGAUGCGAUCAUUGCAAAAUCUUUGGUCAUGGCCAUGCCACGUGUCCCACUCACACGAUUAGCUCCCCCGACCCAAAGUCGGCUAUGCCCACCCCAAAAGAAGUUGAUAAUGAAGUAUAUCAAACGGUCAAGAGGAGAUCUCAAUCAUUUCCAAAUCCAAAAAAGAAGAUACCCAUCAACAACCAUAAAGGAAAAGGCCCCGCUAUAAAUAUAUCUCAAGUCUAUAAACCAGUUACUCGUGUAGAGCCAAAGAAAAAAGUUUCCACUAACAUGUUUGAUGCUCUUUCCCAUUAA